UACUUCCGGCAAAAAUACAAUGAAAGGAACCAUAACUAUUUAUAACUUAGUCAAUGUCAAAUCAGAACUAAAUUUUCUAUAGAUUCUUUUAGAAGGUUUGAACGACACGUAGAAUCACUGUGCACAAUUUUGUUGGCUGUUCGAUGGUAUAAAUGUGUCAAUAAAUGAAUGCUUUAUAUUUUCCAUAUGUAAAACAUAUUUUCCAAGGUAAAUAGAUAGGUUAACAAUGGAUUUUGGUACAUUAUUAAGUGUUGCACAAAAGAACGAAAUUAAUAAACAAUCCGUUGCUUGUUAUCAAACUAAAUUUACACCUCCGAAGAAGCAAAAUAAACAAUCAAAGACAUUGUCGGAUAAUAUAAAAAAAUUUUUAGCCAGAAAGGAGGAAGAAGAAAAAAGAAAAGUUUUAGAGGAAAAAAAAAAGAGAGAUAAUUUGCUUGCAUUACGGGACCAUAAAGCUCAAAGUCGUAUAAAUAAACAUUUGAAAGUAUGUAAGGCUGCAAAUAAAUCUGUAAUAGCAGAUGCAAUAGAUAAUGAAAAUACAGCUGUUACUAUAGCAGGUCCUUCUCAACCAGAUGAGGAUGAUUACGGAUAUGUUUCCCAGGAAGCAUCUGCGUUUUAUAAUCAGUUAAUGAAUAAAUAUAGUAAUUUGCCUCCUGAGAAGCCUCUUUUCAGUAACACUGGAAAAAGGACAGUAAAGGAUAUUGCAUUGACAAAGGAUAGGGUAAAGCAAGCUCUAAAACAACAGGAAAUUGAAGAUUCUCUUGGUCAUAGACGAAAACGACGAUCAUCUACAGUGAAUAGAAAAGAGUCAGAGUGUGAAGAUCAGAAUGAAAAAGUACCCGAGAAAAAAACGAAGGAACAAGAAAAGCAUGGAAAAGAAAAGGCUAAAAAGAAACCACCACCACCUCCAAUGGAUUUUGGAGAACUAUUGAAACUUGCAGAGAAGAAACAACACGAGCCAGUAGUUAUUGAUGCCAAACCAAAGGUUGAAGAACCAGAGAGAUUGAUGACUAAGAAACAAAUGAAAGAAUAUAUGAAAGAAAAAGAAUGGAGAGAAAGAAAAGAGCAAUUGGCCAGAGGAAUUGAUGUAACGAAAAAAAAUAAUGUUACAUCUGAAAUAAAUAAGUCAAAUAAAUCACAUGCCCCAAAAAGUACAAAAAUAACGAUUGAUAAAGCUUCUCUAGAUUCCUCUGUACAGAAUAAAAAUUUGUCUUCUACAAUACAAGAUAAAAAGGCAUCGACAAAAUCUAAUAACAUUUUAAGUGAAAAAAGUAAUGUUAUAACUAAAUCUAAUAAUAUAGGGAAAAAUUCAACGAAGGAUAAAUUAUUAGAAGAACGUAAAAAAUUAGAGGUAGAAAAACGUAAAUUAGAAGAAAUGCGUAAAGCUAUAGAAAAAGAAAAAUUGUUAUUGGCACAAAGUAAAUUGAAACAAGAAGAAUCAAAAUCGUUGAUUAAACAUCCAAAUAAAGUCGUAUCUCAAACAAAAAGUACAGACAAACAAGUCUUAUCUAAAGAUAUUAAGACAAAACAAGCACCUACAUCUGAAAAAUUGCAAUCGUCUAUGUUAAAUGAAAAGCCAAAGCAGUUUCCUCCGCUUAAUAUGAAAUCACUUAAAAAUAAAAUUGCAUCUGGAAAGAUUCUUAAAAAGCCAGGAAAUUCUAACAAACGUCGUAUAUAUGAUGAUGAAGAAUAUGAUUCCGAAUUGGAUGAUUUUAUCGAUGAUGGUCCAGAAGAAGAAGGUGAAGAUUAUAGUAAAUAUAUUAGUGAAAUAUUUGGUUACGACAAAAGCAAAUAUAGAAAUGUGGAUGAUGAUGAUGAUGAUUUAGCAAUGGAAAGUAACUUCGCACAACAACUUAAAGAAGAAUAUGUAUCUACAAAAAUAGGCAUUAUGGAAGAUUUAGAAGAUAUACGUAUGGAAGCCUUAGAAAAGAAACGGAAAGCUCUCUUAAAGAAAAAAGCAAGAAAGUAGUAAGCUGUAUAUUUUUAACAAUGUUGGAUAAGUACAAACUUAUUUAGAUAAACGUUUGUGGGGUUUUUUUUUUCUUUUUUUUUUUUUUUUUUUUUUUUUUUUAUU